AAAAGCUUUUUUUUUCUUCAUGAUCAGGCGCAAGGGCAUAUGGAUGCAUAAUGCUUGGUUUGCUUCGAAUGGUUUUCUUUUUUUUUUAUUUUAUUUUUCUUUUUGUCAUGCAGCUUUAUUUUACGGGGAAUCGUUUAAUACCAAAAGUAGCACAAUCACAAGUGGGUUCCACAGGGGCGUUUUCUAUAAUGCAUGGGCAUUCAAAAAAAUAAGAAGUGAGAACGGUAUAUUACAGAAGCAAAGCAACAAGCAAGUAAGCAUAAGUCGAACCAUUUUCCUUUUCACGUCCAUGUCUGGUCGGAAAAAAGCGCUUUUCAAUGAGUUUGGCCUGUGUUCUGUUUGUAUAUGUUAACUUGCAAGGACGAUCGGGAUUUGAGCCAUGUUUACAGUAUGUUGGUAAAAAAAUAAAAAGAGUCAUCAACAAAGACCAAGAUUCAUUGCAACACAACAUGCCGCCACAGGCAACCUGUCCCUGUCAGAAGUUCCACCCUAGACG